AUGUCACGUGAUGUCGUGGUGUCGCGUGAUGUCACGGUGUCACGUGAUGUCACGGUGUCACGUGAUGUCGUGAUGCCGCGUGAUGUCACGGUGUCACGUGAUGUCGUGAUGCCGCGUGAUGUCACGGUGUCACGUGAUACCAUGGUGUCACGUGAUGUCACGAUGCCAAGUUAUGUGGUAAUGAUGGCGAUGUUUAAAGCGAACCCAUGUUUUCGAACCCAGUCAAUGCAACAGCACUGCCAGGCACCUGAACCAUUAGACUAUUGUGCCACCUAUAUAUUAAAAAUAGGCACAUACCAGAAAACGGUUAACUUGAAAUUGAUGACAAAACAUAAAAGUUUGAAACAUUUCAUACCAAACACAGGACACAAAUACGCCAUCAAAAACAGCUGGUGUGUAAAUUUUUCACCAUAA